AUGUCCUUGCCAAGAACACCUACUCAGCCUUCAGUAUCCGCUGCCACAGUGGUAUCUACAGCUGAUCCAGCUAAUGUUCCAAUUACAAACCCAGAACAUGUCUGUAAAAUUUGUAGUGAGAACAUGGAUGAUAAAACCCCUUGUAUGGUUAUUAAUCGGUGUAAUCAUAUCUUCCAUAGAAUUUGCAUUGAAAACUCUUUAUCCAAUGCUAAAGAGUGCCCAGUCUGUUUUCUCACAUGUGAGUUAGAGGAUGUUCGAACAUUUUCAUUUCACAUUAAGCAAAACCCUAACAGACCAAGAGGCAAAGCUCGUGGAGCUGUUUCAAAAACUUAUAAUACUAGAAGUGUUAGUAAAAAUCUUUUUCAAGACCCUACAACUCCUCACAAUAAUACGACUGGUGGAGAAUUGAUUAACCCCAGAACUCCACCUCAGCAAAACGUUGUUCCUUCUGGAAUGCCUUGCAAUGAUAGAAACAAUCCCCAGAUAAUACCACAAUCCAAUUCACCCAGUUUAAUAGAUUAUAAUCGUAUUAACCGGAUGAUAGAGUCAAGUGUUUCAAAAGCUUUACAAAGUCUCAAUUUGUCUAUUCAAAACCCUCGGAUUCAGCAACAAUAUUCUUCGGGAAACUCUAAUUUAAUAGGAAGCAUAAUGGAAACUGAUAUACAACAGGUUUUACGAAAUUUAAAUUGUAACAACUCUGCAAACUCUGCUAACAACCAACAAUAUCAACUACCCAAUUCUAACGAAAACAAUCCUGGAAAUAUUCCCAUGUUAACUCAUCAGAAUCGACCUCAAAAUAUAUACAAUUCUUUUCCAAAUUCAAACCAUUUUAAUCGACAACCAAGUACUAUGAGAACACCAUCUACAAAUUGCCAAGUUGCUACGAUAAACACCGAUAAAAUUACAUCGAUUAUCCAAAACUGGUGUUUAAAAUUUGACGGUUCAACUACUGGGUUAACGGUAGAAGAGUUUUUGUAUAGACUAACCUCGCUAACCAACGAUAACUUCAAUGGAGAUUACACGAUUAUAUGUAAGAAUCUUCACAUACUUUUAUCCGGGAAAGCGCGAGAUUGGUUCUGGCGCUAUCACAAGCAGGAAAGAGGUGUUAUCGAUUGGAGCGAAUUCUGCAACGCGAUUAGAUCUCAAUAUAAAGAUUUUAAGUCUUCUUUUGAUCUUCGUGAGGAAAUAAGAAAUAGAAGACAAAAACCAGGAGAGUCGUUUGAUGUCUUUUAUGAUUCUAUAUCCGCAAUUAUGGACAGGUUGCCUUCUGCUUUUUCUGAAAUGGAGUUAAUUGAGAUCAUAAUGCGAAACUUAAGACCGGAUAUAAGGCAAGAUUUGUUAUAUAUUCCUGUACAUUCAAUACCCCAUUUACGAAAAUUAGUCCAAAUACGGGAAUCUUUUCUUGAAGACGAACAUGUUAAGCGAAACUUGCACAACCGUACUGCUAAUGCUCAUCAACCUCGAAGACAUAUUGCUGAAGUCGAUUUAGAUUCUGUAGAUGCUAACCCUGUAGGCUCUGAAACUUCAAUAGAUGCUUUACAUAAUACCCCCACUGUUACACGCUGCUGGAAUUGCGAUAGACCAGGUCAUGUUUGGGAAGACUGCCUUUACGAAAGGACUAUUUUUUGUUAUGGUUGUGGGGCUAAAAAUACUUAUAGACCACAGUGUCCCAAAUGUAAAGACAGAAAAUGGGAAAACUAUUACUCAAGGCGUAAUAAAAUUUUUAAGGAUGUCGAAUUAGCUUCACUUAAACGAUCUAAACCUAAACGUUCCACAAUAAGACUCAACAAUUAUUAUAGAAAACGAAAAAUUUGCUCCAAAUUAUUACUCUAUGCUAUCCUUAGUGAUCCAAAAGAUAAUCGUUUCUAUGCCAAGGUGUCUUUUAUAGAUUAUGUAGAAUACGGUUUGUUAGAUACUGGUGCUAGCAUUAGCUGCAUUGGAUCUGAAUUAGCUAAAGAAGAUUUUUCAAAAUUCCCCAAUUUUACUAGUUGCAGAAACUUUGUCAAAACUGCCGAUGGUGCUCAACAACGAGUUAUAGGUUGGCUUAAUGUUAACAUCACUUUUAAAGAAAUGUCUUGUCCAAUUAAUCUUUUUGUAAUACCAACAAUUUCUCAACGACUUAUACUUGGAAUUGACUUUUGGAAGAAAUUUAAAUUAGUACCGAAUGUCAUGGAAUCCGCGGAUUUAUGUGAUAAGUUAUCGGUUAGCGCAAGUCCGUCUGUUUCGUCCGAUAAGUCCGAAAGUCUGUCCGAGGUUUGUGGUAAAUCUGAUUGUGAGAAAUCAGAUGAUAACUAUAUGUUAACUUCUAGUCAACAACAGCAAUUAAACGCUGUCAUUUCUCUUUUUCCAAACUUUGAGAAACAAGGGUUGGGAAGAACGGGCUUAAUAAAGCACUUGAUCGAUGUUGGCGAAGCCAGACCGAUCAAGCAAAGGUUCUACCCCGUAUCACCAGCAGUGGAAAAACUAAUGUUCACAGAAAUUGAUCGAAUGUUGACAUUGGGUGUUAUUGAACCGUCAAACUCACCCUGGAGUUCCCCGAUGAGACUGGUUAUAAAACCGAAUAAAGUCCGCCUUUGUUUAGAUGCGAGAAAAGUGAAUUCUGUCACGAAAAAGGAUGCAUAUCCAUUACCAUCUAUUGAGGGAAUCUUUGCGCGUCUUCCAAAAGCCAAUAUCAUUUCUAAGUUAGAUUUAAAAGACGCGUAUUGGCAAAUAGCAUUGGAUGAUGAAUCGAAGCCCAUAACUGCUUUUACAGUGCCUGGUAGACCAUUAUACCAGUUCACUGUAAUGCCCUUCGGGUUGUGCAAUGCACCCCAAACAAUGAGUAGGCUUAUCGAUGAGCUAAUUCCCCCAGACUUGAAGAACAGCGUCUUUGGUUACCUUGACGAUGUGAUUAUUGUUUCGGAGAAUUUCGAAGAACAUAUUGGCAUUUUAAUUCGUAUAGCAGGACAGUUUCGUAAAGCUAAUUUGACCCUAAACCUCUCGAAAAGUAAAUUUUGUGUUACCAAAGUUAAGUACUUAGGUUAUAUUAUCGGAGAUGGUGGUAUUGUUACAGACCCAGAAAAAGUAAGUGCGAUCAGAAACUGGCCAACUCCAAAGAAUAUAAAACAAGUUCGUGGCUUCUUAGGUCUUGCAGGCUGGUAUAGGCGAUUUAUUGCGAACUUUUCUAGCGUAGUUUAUCCGAUAUCCGAAACCUUGUCAACUAAGAAGAAGUUUGUUUGGACUCCCGAGGCUCAACAGGCUUUUGAACAAAUUAAAGAUUUACUAUCUUCUGCUCCUAUUCUAAGUAACCCUGAUUUUGAGAAAAAGUUUUUCGUCCAUUGUGAUGCCAGCGAUUUUGGUAUCGGUGCUGUGCUCGUUCAACUGGACAACAAUAACGAGGAAAAGCCGAUUGCUUUUAUGAGCAGAAAGCUUAAUUCCGCACAGAGAAACUACAGUGUGACGGAACGUGAAUGUUUAGCGGCUAUAGAAGCUAUUCAACGAUUCCGAUGCUAUCUCGAACUCCAAAAAUUUGAGGUUAUAACAGACCACUCCAGUCUUGUUUGGCUUAUGAAGCAGCCGAAUCUAAGUGGAAGAUUAGCCAGAUGGGCGUUGAAGCUUCAAGCAUACAAUUUCACCAUAAGUCAUCGCAAAGGUAAAGAGAACAUCGUACCAGAUGCUUUGUCACGAAUCGAGUUCGGAGAAGUUAAUUCGUUAGAUUCAUCAGAGCCAGAAAUAGAUUUGAAUUCCACUUGUUUUGAUGAUCCAGAUUACUGUGAUUUGAAGAAUAGGAUACAUGAAAACCAAUCCCAGUUUCCGGAUAUAAAGGUCGUUGAAAAAUAUGUAUACAUAAGAACCGAACAUUAUGACGGCAUCGAAUCAAACGAAAGCGAAGCUUGGAAGCUGUGGAUUCCAUAUGGUCUUCGAACAACGCUUAUAAAACGUUUUCAUGAUCCACCUACGGUAUCUCACGGGGGAAUGUCCAAAACUUUGGAACUCCUACGAAGAAAAUUUUACUGGCCAGGAAUGGUAGUAGAUGUUAGGAAUUUUGUAAGAAGUUGUGAACUAUGUAAAACUACCAAACACCCAAAUUUUGUUUUGAAACCGGAAAUGGGUAAACAAACUAUAACAAUACGCCCCUUUCAGAGAUUAUAUAUAGACUUGUUAGGCCCUUAUCCGCGUAGUAAAAAGGGAAAUAUUGGUAUUCUUAUAGUCUUGGACCAUCUGUCAAAGUUUCAGUGGUUACAACCUCUGAAAAAGUUUACGUCUUCGUCAAUAAAAGACUUUUUAGAAACACAGAUAUUCCAUGUUUAUGGGAUACCGGAAACGAUCGUUAGUGACAAUGGGUCACAAUUCAGAGCAAAUGAUUUAAAUGCAUAUUUUACUUCUCUUGGUAUUAAACAUAUUUAUACAGCCGUUUAUUCACCACAAUCAAACGCGUCAGAACGUGUAAACCGUUCAAUUAUAGCGGCGAUUAGAGCUUUUCUGAAACACGAACAUACCAAAUGGGAUGAAAAUCUCAGUGCGAUCAACUGUGCUUUACGAAACGGAUACCAUCAAUCAAUAAACAUGUCACCAUAUCAUGUUGUGUUUGGAUUUAACAUGAUAACACAUGGAUCCGCAUAUGCUUUGCUAAACAACUUGAAAACCCUAAAUGAACCGACAGCUUCUUUAUCUAGAGAUGACCAUUUACAAUUGAUUAGAAAGGACAUACAGAAAUAUUUAAACCAGGCUUAUAAACAAAAUCAAAGAACCUAUAAUCUACGAACCAGGCCUGAAAAGUUCCAUAUUGGUCAAGAGGUUUUACGUAGAAAUUUCGUACAGAGUAAUAUGGAAAAGCGUUUUAACGCAAAAUUUGCCCCAUUGUUUGUAAAAGCCACUGUUAAGGAAAAGUUAGGAAACCAUUACUAUGUUUUAACAGAUUCCGAUGGAAAAAUUGUGGGUACUUAUCACGCUAAAGAUAUUCGUACUUAA